UCUCAUCAAUUCCUUCAUUCACUUAAUCUGUAUAUCGAUUUUUAUAAAAAGCAAAAAAAGCAAAAAGAAUUCAAUUCAGAGUUCUAUCAUGGCUGCAUCUUCUUUCUCAGUCCCUUCAAUGAUCAUGGAAGAGGAAGGGAGAUUCGAAACGGAAGUUGCGGAGGUGCAAUCGUGGUGGAACUCGGAGCGGUUCAGGCUCACGCGCCGCCCUUACUCCGCCCGCGACGUGGUGUCGCUCCGCGGCCACCUCCGCCAAAGCUACGCCUCGAACGAGCUCGCGAAGAAGCUGUGGCGAACGCUCAAAACGCACCAGGCCAACGGCACCGCUUCUAGAACCUUCGGCUCACUUGACCCUGUUCAGGUGACUAUGAUGGCUAAGCAUCUCGACACGAUCUACGUGUCGGGGUGGCAGUGCUCGUCGACGCACACGAGCACGAACGAGCCCGGGCCGGACCUCGCGGACUACCCGUACGACACGGUCCCGAACAAGGUCGAGCAUCUGUUCUUCGCGCAGCAGUACCACGACCGGAAGCAGCGCGAGGCCCGGAUGAACAUGAGCCGCGAGGAGCGGGCCCGGACCCCGUUCGUCGACUACCUCAAGCCGAUCAUCGCGGACGGGGACACCGGGUUCGGCGGCGCCACCGCGACCGUCAAGCUGUGCAAGCUGUUCGUCGAGCGUGGCGCGGCCGGGGUGCACAUCGAGGACCAGUCGUCGGUGACGAAGAAGUGCGGCCACAUGGCCGGGAAGGUGCUGGUGGCGGUGAGCGAGCAUAUUAACCGGCUCGUGGCCGCGCGGCUGCAGUUCGACGUGAUGGGGGUGGAGACGGUGCUCGUGGCCCGGACGGACGCGGUGGCGGCCACGCUGAUCCAGACCAAUGUGGACACGAGGGACCAUCAGUUUAUCUUGGGGGUGACCAACCCGGCCCUCCGGGGGAAGGCGCUGGCGACGAUUAUGCUGGAGGCGUUGGAGGCCGGGAAAACCGGGCCGGAGCUGCAGGCGAUUGAGGAUAACUGGCUGGCGAUGGCGAACCUGAAGACGUUUUCCGACUGCGUGGUGGAUGCGAUUAAUGGAAUGAAUAUCGGCGAGGCGGAGAAGCAGAGGAAAUUGAAUGAGUGGAUGAACCACUCGAGUUAUGAUAAGUGCAUCUCCAAUGAGCAGGGUCGCGAAAUCGCGGCCCGCCUUGGCUUGGGGAAUCUUUUCUGGGACUGGGACCUGCCCAGGACCAGAGAAGGAUUUUACAGGUUUAAGGGCUCGGUCCAUGCAGCCAUUGUCCGCGGAUGGGCGUUUGCCCAUCACGCGGACGUUAUCUGGAUGGAGACAUCCAGUCCUGAUAUGGUUGAGUGCACGGAAUUUUCGCGUGGUGUGAAAGCGAUGCGGCCAGAGACAAUGUUGGCCUACAAUCUGUCCCCGUCUUUCAAUUGGGACGCGUCGGGGAUGACUGACGAGCAAAUGGUUGACUUCAUCCCGAAAAUCGCCAAGCUAGGGUAUUGCUGGCAGUUCAUCACUCUGGCCGGAUUCCACGCCAAUGCCCUGAUCAUCGACACCUUCGCCAAGGACUUCGCCCGCAGGGGAAUGCUAGCAUACGUCGAGAAAAUACAGAGAGAGGAGAGGAAGCACGGCGUCGACACCCUGGCUCAUCAAAAGUGGUCCGGUGCAAACUACUACGAUAGGGUGCUCCGGACCGUGCAGGGAGGGAUUACCUCGACCGCGGCCAUGGGAAAAGGAGUCACGGAGGAGCAGUUCCAGGAGACGUGGACUAGGUCCGGGGCGACUAGUGUCGCGACUGAUGGCAGUGUCGUAAUAGCAAAAUCGAGGAUGUAGGGACGCGGAAGGAAGGACUAUAUAUAUUAUAUAUGAUGGUGUUUGCUUAUCUUGUUGAGGAAAAGCUUGAAGAAAUAUUUUCUCCUAUGUAUUGGGCCUAAGUUAUUUAUUUCUCCUAUGUUAGAUGAUAAUAUUUGUAUUAUCAACAUAUUUCCAUAAGGGAAAAAUAGAUGUUGAUUUCCUUUCUUAUUCUA